AUGGCUGGACCGCAGACCAACCCGUCUCAACACUCUUCGAUCAGCACGGCCAUGGCGAAGAAGAAGCUAAAGAGCCGAUUCCGGAUAUCCGAACCUCGGAUCAAGAAAAAGAAGGCCAAUAGCAGAGAGAGGGAAGAUGCACGGAGAGUGAGAGAGAAGGGCGCAGCAAGGCCAAAAGAUCUGAGAGAUAGGUCGCGACCAAGGACAUCUUCGAAAGCUGGGGAAGAUGGCAAAGACAAGAGAGAAGACACGGAUGAAACACUAGCGCCAGCACUGAAAUGCGGCCUGGAUGAUGAUCGGAUAGAUCCUUCCAAGGCUUCACCCAUACCUGGAACUCCAGAGCUGAGUGCGCUAUUCCAAUUGUACAAAGGUGCACCCAGGAACAAUGCAGUCGCCGUCGAUGCCCAGCACACGUGGAAAUCACUCAUCUUGAGUGAUGCCGGCUUGCUACACGCAACUCUAGCGAGCUGGGCACUAUACGGCAUGCUGGCCAAUGAACUCACUGACUUGAGAGUGCGUAAACUCAAGCACAAGAAUGAAGCAAUCAAGAUCGUCAAUUGCAAACUUGCGACGUCUGGAGGAUAUAUAUCUGAUGAGGUAGUUGCCACUGUGCUGACUUUGGCAAAUCUGGAGAAUCUUCUUGGAGACUAUGAAGCGGCUCAGCUCCACGUCACAGCGCUGAAACGUAUGUUGAAAGUGCGAGGUGGGCUGUUUGCCUUUGGACACAAUGAUGGCUUGUUGCGUGGCAUCAUAUGGAUGGACUUUCACACUGCAGCUGUUUCUCGCGCCCACCCAUCUUUCCCACAUAUCAGUCUAGACCCGGAUAUGCCUCCUUUGCCGGACGAGCUCAGAGAAGAAGCGGCACAAACGUCGCCCACGUCACUGCUCCACCUUUCUUGCCGCGCGGUCGACUGCUUCAACAUUUUCUAUCGACUGCAUCGACUCGUGCUAGCACUAUCAUCGCACUGGGUUGGUCGUGUCGAGCGCCUCACUCUCAGCAAUCUCCUCUACGAAACGCAGUUCACGAUCCUCUCAAUACCUGAUCAGUCAUACAACUUCCUGCACUUUGACCAGAGCAUCCACGACAAACAAAGCGACUGCUACGAUUAUCUCAAGGCUAGAGCGGAUGCAGCGAGUGUGGUUGAGGCCCUACUUGCAGCAGCCCUCAUUUUCGUAUAUGCGGUGCUUCGUGCACUACCACUGAACACGAAGAUCUUCACCAUCCUUCUUUCUCGGUUACGUGCCGCUGUCGAUCGACCAAAUGCAUCAUUGCUGGAUACAUGGAACCGAGAGAAGAAUCUCAACAUGUUGCUUUGGGUUCUCGUCGUUGCGAGUUGUGUUGCUACAGGCGAAGAGCGCAUGUGGUGGAUCGCGCAGCUAUCAGAGCUGUGUGGCGUGAUGCAUGUUAGAAGUACACAUCAUCUCGAGCAUGAAAUGCGGCAUGUCGCAUGGACGGAUACGUUUUUCGAAGAUCGGAUGGAUGCUAUCUGGGCGGAGCGCUAUGAGCAGUACAUCCAGUCGUCGGAAUGGACCUUUGUCUGGGUCGCCAGCAUCACCACCUUCCAGUCGCUCUUCUGGCUUAUGACGCACUGGAACGUCAACCUCAAGAGCGCCUUCACCACCACCUCGGCCAGCGACGUGCGCUCGGCAUCGCUUAUCAAAGUGCAGCCCGUCAAGAACGCGGGUGCCGCUGAGAUUGUGCCAUUGGUGCGCGACAACGUGGGCGGAAAGUCGAACCUCUCCUUCCUCUUCCAGAAGCGCCGUUUCCUUUACGACACCGAGAAAGGCUCCUUCGCCCCGCUGUCCUACCCGCUCGACAUCGAACCCAAGCCCCAGCUCAAGACGUUCCAGCAGACGCAGGGCCUCACCUCGCCCGCCGAGAUUGAGCGCCUCACCCAGCACUAUGGCGACAACGCGUUCGACAUUCCCGUCCCGACCUUCACCGAGCUGUUCAAGGAACACGCCGUCGCGCCCUUCUUCGUCUUCCAGAUCUUCUGCGUUGGACUGUGGAUGCUGGACGAAUACUGGUACUACUCGCUGUUCACGCUGUUCAUGCUGGUCGCUUUCGAGAGCACCGUCGUGUGGCAGAGACAGAGGACCCUGAACGAGUUCCGCGGCAUGAGCAUCAAGCCCUACGAGAUUCUGGUAUACAGGCAGAAGAAGUGGCAGGAGAUCAUGAGCGACAAGCUGCUCCCCGGCGAUGUCGUCAGCGCAGGCCGGACCAAGGAAGACUCUGGUGUGGCAUGCGACAUGCUCCUACUCGAGGGCUCCGCGAUUGUCAACGAGGCUAUGCUUUCCGGAGAGAGCACACCGGUGCUCAAGGAGUCCGUACAACUGCGACCUGGCGAUGCGCGCAUCGAGCCUGAGGGUCUGGACAAGAACUCGUUCCUCUGGGGCGGCACCAAGGUGCUCCAGGUCUCGCACGGUAGCGACGCUGAGGAGGAUGGCGGAAACGUCACUAGGCUUUCGUCUGGUGUCCCACCGCCGCCGGACAAGGGCGCUGUUGCUGUUGUUAUUAAGACUGGCUUCGAGACUAACCAGGGCAGCCUCGUCAGGACCAUGAUCUUCGCUACCGAGCGCGUGUCCGCCAACAACGUCGAAGCCCUCUUCUUCAUUCUCUUCCUUACCGUCUUCGCCGUCGCUGCCUCGUGGUACGUCUGGCAGGAGGGUGUCAGGCUCGAUCGCCAGCGUAACAAGCUGCUCCUCGACUGCGUCCUCAUCGUCACCAGCGUCGUCCCUCCCGAGCUUCCAAUGGAGCUCAGCUUGGCCGUCAACACUUCCCUCGCUGCCCUGAGCAAGUACGCCAUCUUCUGUACCGAGCCUUUCCGCAUUCCCUUCGCCGGGCAGGUCGACGUUGCCUGCUUCGAUAAGACCGGUACUCUGACUGGUGAAGACUUGGUCGUGGACGGCAUUGCUGGACUAUCAUUGGGACAAGAUGGAGCUACAGUUGCAGCAGACGGCGCGCACACCGAUCUCGCAAAGGUUACGGACGUCGCUACUGAGACGACCCUGGUGCUCGCCGCCGCUCACGCCCUGGUCAAACUCGACGAUGGUGAGACUGUUGGAGAGCCUAUGGAGAAGGCAACCCUCCAGUCUCUCGGCUGGAAACUCGGAGCGAAGGACACACUUCAAGCCACCAUGACUACCCCCAAAUCCCAAGCCGAACUCGUGCACAUCCGCCGCCGCUUCCAAUUCUCGUCCGCCCUCAAACGCCAGAGCUCCGUCGCUACCGUCAUCGUCAACAACACCAAGACUGGCCGCAAGGUCAAGAGCACAAUCGCUGCAGUCAAGGGCGCGCCCGAGACUAUUCGCAAGAUGUUGGUCAAUACCCCGCCGAACUACGAGGAGACUUUCAAGCACUUCACCCGUAAUGGUGGCCGUGUCCUCGCUCUCGCAUACAAGUUCAUCUCCGAAGAGGGAGAGUGGGGCCAAAACCGCAUCAACGAUCUCAAGCGUGAGCAAGUCGAGUCUGACUUGCACUUUGCCGGUUUCCUUGUCCUCCAAUGCCCUCUCAAGCCUGACGCUGUCGAGGCUGUCCGUUCCCUCAACGAGUCCAGCCAUCGUGUUGUCAUGAUUACUGGUGACAACCCGUUGACCGCUGUCCACGUCGCCAAGCAGGUCGAAAUCGUCGACCGCGAUUGCUACAUCCUUGAUGCACCUGAAAACGACGACUCUGGCGAGAAGCUUGUCUGGCGCAGUGUUGACGACAAGGUCAGCAUUCCUGUCGACCCUACCAAGCCUCUGGAUGCCGAGAUCUUGAAGUCCAAGGACAUCUGCCUUACCGGAUACGCACUCUCGAAGUUCGCUGGCCAGCCAGGAUGGAAGCAGAUUCUGCGAUACACCUGGGUUUACGCUCGUGUCUCGCCAAAGCAGAAGGAGGAAAUCCUUCUCGGUCUCAAGGACUGCGGUUACACUACACUCAUGGCUGGUGACGGUACCAACGACGUUGGUGCGCUGAAGCAGGCUCACAUUGGUGUCGCUCUUCUGAACGGUACUCGCGAGGAUCUUGACAAGAUUGGCGAGCACUUCCGCAACACUCAGAUGAAGAACGUCUACGAGAAGCAGUGCAACCUCAUGACACGAUUCAACCAGCCCCAGCCGCCUGUUCCGAUCAUGAUUGCGCAUCUCUACCCACCUGGUCCCACCAACCCACACUACGAGAAAGCUAUGGAGAACCAAGCGAAGAGGAAGGGUCUACUUCCCGGAGCCAACGGCGUUGCUAACGGUUCGGCAUCUACUGGUACCCUUGUUCAACAGCAACCUGGUCAAGUUCAGCCUCCUCAGGCCGCCGCCAACUUCGCUCAGCAAAUGCAAGAGAAGAUGAUGGCACAAGAGAUGGAAGAGUUGGCCGGUGAGCCUCCGACCAUCAAGCUUGGUGAUGCCUCCGUCGCUGCGCCCUUCACCUCUAAGCUCGCCAACGUCGUUGCCAUUCCCAACAUUAUCCGCCAAGGCCGUUGCACACUCGUCGCUACAAUCCAGAUGUACAAGAUCCUUGCUCUCAACUGCUUGAUCUCUGCCUACAGUCUGUCAGUCCUCUACCUGGAUGGUAUCAAGUUCGGCGACGGUCAAGUUACCAUCUCCGGCAUGAUGAUGAGUGUUUGCUUCCUUUCCAUCUCGCGCGCAAAGACCGUCGAGACGCUGUCGAAAGAACGUCCUCAGCACAACAUCUUCAACACAUACAUCAUCGGCUCCGUACUCGGACAGUUCGCUAUCCACAUCAUCACCCUCAUCUACGUCAGUCAAUACGUCCAGCGUGUUGAGCCCAAGGACCCCAACCCAGAUCUAGAGAAGGACUUUGAGCCAUCUCUGCUCAACUCCGCAAUCUAUCUCCUGCAGCUUAUUCAACAAAUCUCCACCUUCGCCAUCAACUACCAAGGCCGACCUUUCCGCGAGUCCAUCCGCGAGAACAAGGGCAUGUACUGGGGUCUAGUCUCCGUCUCUGGUGUCGCCUUCUCCUGCGCCACCGAAUUCAUCCCCGAGCUCAACGAGAAGCUCAAGCUUGUCCCCUUCACUACCGACUUCAAGAUCAUGAUUACCAGCAUCAUGGCGUUUGACUUCGUUGCCUGCUACAUCAUUGAGAAGGGUCUGAAGUUCUUCUUCUCGGACAACAAGCCAAAGGAUAUUGCCGAGCGAAGACCGGAUCAGUUGCAGCAGGAGGAGAAGAGGAAGGCGAGGGCUGAGAUUGAGGCCCAGAGGAAGAAGAAUGAGGAGGCGGAGAUGAAGGCUGCUGCUGCCGGGUUGGUUAAGCGGUAG